UGCAUUCAAGGAGGAAAAAAGCAGAGGGAAGGAAAGAGAAGACCGGCAGACACAAGAUGAAGCCCUGUCAAAGAAUUGAAGGGAAGCCAGAGAAUGAGAGUGAACCAACGCUUGAAGAAGAGCCAAAGCCUGAGGAGGAAAAAGAGCCAGAAGAGGAGGAAAAAGAACUAGAAGAGGAGGGAAAAGCUGAGGAAACUUUCAGAGAAAAGCUGAUUCAGUCUUUGCAGGAAUUUAAAGAAGAUAUACACAACGGGCAUUUAAACAAUGGAGAUACAUUCAGAGAAGUGAAUGAAAUAGAUGAGAUCAGGAGAGUAAGAAACAAGCUUGUCGUGAUGCACUGGAAGGUUAAUCGGAAUCACCCUUACCCCUAUUUAAUGUAGUUUUUAAAGUGUUUCCUGAUAUUAACAUUCCUAUAUAGCUUUCUUUUGAUUUGCAUUUUCCUGAUAGAACACUGUCCACCUUUCUGUUUUUUUUUUUUAACUUGUUGCUAUUAGUGUAGCUUGUUGAUUUCAGCGUCGCUCUUGUUACCUGAUCAUUUUUUUCUCUUUUUAUAAAUCAUAGUUUGAACCAGUCUACAAGUCUCUGCCUUUCAGGAGAAGAGUUUUACUCAUUUGUACAAAAAGAGCUUGUUGAGGGGAUAUAAAAUUUUAAAAAGUUACUAAGUAAUAUGGGAAAUCAUAUUUUUGAAAGGGAAGAAUACAUUUGUAUAUUACAUAUAUGCACAGAAAAACAUGAAAGACAAAAAGGAAAGUUUGUGGUAAA